ACUCGUGUGUUUUCGGUGAUACACAUUGGAAGUGUUGUUGAUAUCUGGACUGAAUAUUUUACUAUUGUUUUAGCGGAAUUGUAUGACAGACAUUGAAACCUGUGCAAUAGACUCUUAUAUUACAUAAUAAUCAUGGCGAGGAAUGCGGAGAAGGCCAUGACGACGCUGGCUCGGUGGCGGGCAGCUCACGUCAACGACAUGGGAAAGGAAAAGGAACGCCGACCAUACCUAGCGUCAGAAUGUCACGAUUUAGCAAAGGCAGAAAAGUGGCGGUUGCAGAUAAUUAGAGAAAUUGCCAAGAAAGUUGCUCAAAUACAGAACGCGGGUCUUGGAGAAUUUCGGAUCCGUGACCUAAAUGAUGAAAUAAACAAACUACUUCGUGAGAAAGGCCAUUGGGAAGCACAGAUACGUGAGCUUGGUGGUCCAGAUUAUGCUAAAGUUGGACCUCGGAUGCUGGACCAUGAAGGGAAAGAAGUUCCAGGAAAUCGUGGUUACAAAUACUUUGGAGCUGCAAAGGACCUCCCUGGUGUUCGAGAAUUAUUUGAACAGGAACCUCCACCUCCGCCUCGAAAGACAAGAGCAGAAUUAAUGAAAGAUAUUGAUGCUGAUUACUAUGGUUACCGUGAUGAUGAUGAUGGAAUACUUGUGCCUCUGGAACAAGAAGAAGAACGCAAGGCUAUUCUGAGGGCAGUAGCAGAAUGGAAAUUUAGAAAAGAACACUCUCUUGAGGACCAAGGAGAUGAUGCAAAAGGACAAGAGGAAGAAGAGGACAUAUAUGCUGUUCAUCCAGAUGUGGAGUCUGAUGAAGAAGCUGAAGGACUCCACAAGGAAGAACCCUUGGUGCCCAGAUUUAUUGCACAUGUACCAGUUCCUUCACAGAAGGAAGUUGAAGCUGCACUGUUGGCUCGCAAGAAGCAAGAACUGUUGGAGAAGUAUGCCAGUACAUCAUUACUUCGAGAAGUAGAGGAGACCCGUGGUUUGGCAGCAUUCCCACCACCAGAACAAUGAUGAUUACAUUGUGUUGGAAACAAAUUCAAACAUAAUUCUUGAAUCUGCAAUAUGCACAAGGCUGAAGAUAGCCGUGGUUCUAUGUGAAGAAAAGAUUAAUGACUGGUACAAAAAAAUCUCGUUUCUGAGCUUUACGAGAAAGACAUUCAUUCCAUUGAAAAACAGAAGCUCACUGUUUCUUGUUUACACAGUUAUGCACAAUAUGUUGUUAUUUUACAUUAUGUUGUGUGUGCUGGACGUAGGCCAUGAUCAACAGUGCUUACUGGAGUCAAGUGCCAAAAAUAUGGGAGAUAUUGAAGAGUGGUGCCUUUGUCAAACCUGUGUGAUGAUGUGCUAAUCUUAGGUAUUCAUAUUAAUUCUGUUGUUGGAAGCUUAGGCUUACUUCAGUCUGUGAUACCUGGUAUGUUACUAUGGUCAUCCACUUCCUACUUUGGUAAUCACUAGAAUUUCAUCUCUGUGAGAUGUGUUGUACAUAUAUAUUAUAUAUGGGGCUAUUUGUUCUGUUGUUGAGAGAACAUACACCCACUGGUUAGUAUACUGUGUAUGUCUGCAUUGAGUCCAAAUUUCUUUUUAGUUAUUGAUAAGCUUUUUCAUUAAUGUUGAAUUUUAUUUAUGGAACUUUUGUCUGUUCAAAAGAAUUUAUUAUCUUUAUUUCACAAUGUUCAUGAUUUGCAGAAAGUUAUAAUGAAAAAUUAUUUAUUGCUUUGGAUUAUUGAGUUUUGUAUCACUUGAGGAUAUUUUGUUUGUUUCAGUUGCUCAUGACAGAAUCACAUUAAAUACACUUGUUAGUAAUGCUAACUUUCCUUGUGCCCAUAUGUGAGAACUGCUUCAGUGGUCCUUAACUCUAGAGUGGGUGAAACAGUUUUCAUAAUAUGAGCCGGACGCAUAACAUAUUUCAUACACCUGUAAGGGUAGCUGUUUUUAUGUUACCAAGGUAAACAUCUAUGAGAAAAAUCACAAUUUAAUCUUAGUGUAAUUAAACAACAAUAAAAAAACUUUAAGUUAGA